AAUGGCCAUAACUGAAAUUUUUGAAAGUUUGAUUUCAGGAUGGGAAAUGGUUAGGAGGAGUAAGAUAACUAUUGAUAUGUACUUGGCAGAGUCCCAUCUAAGGGUUAGGCAGGAAUAUGAUAUUGCUGAUAAAGCAACAUUAGAUAGACCUGAACAAAUUUUUCCUUCAAGAACUCAUGGCUCUGUUUAUGCAACUAAAGUUGGCUCCACAAAAUCAGUAUUGAUGGGAGUAACUUGCCAAACACCUGACUCUUUUGCGAUAAGUCUUGAUGUUCCAUUUUUUUCUCCAAAUAGUGAUCCCUGGACUUCUGCAUCAGGUGAUCCACACUUUAAACAAAUUGUUCUAGAUAAUAUAAGUCUAAAGACUGAGUCUGUAUGCUAUGAUGUUACUGGCUCACCUGGAGAUUAUUUACAUAUUGCUGGCUUUAGUUCAAAUGGAAUUCAAGUUUAUGGUCAGCUUAAGGAUGAUUAUUACAUUCAUAGGAUUUAUAUAAAAUCUGAUUGUGGUAAAAUAUCUGCUUUAACUAACUUUAUUAUUAUUGACAAUGGACAACAAAUAAACUGGAAUAUGCAAGAGAUCACCUUUAAAUCUAAAUGUUUUGAAUAUUUAAUUACUGGAAAUACUAUAUUGAUAACAUCCUUUCUACAACCUGGAAAAACAAUUAAAAUACAGAAAUCUAUACAUUCUCUAUCAGAAAUUCACUUGGAUGCAAGAUUUAAACUGUCACCUAAAGACUAUAAAGAAAUGAAUGGACUUAUUGGUAAUAUUGGGAAAAAGAAAUAUAAAUUUCACUCUAAAGUUCAAUCAGAUGGUAACAUGGGAUCAAAGUUCAUUUCAAUUGACAUUGAUAACAAGUUAAUGAAGGGAGAAAAAGUUGAAAGAAACAAAGAAGAAUGUUGGCUGAUUAAUGUGGAUAACGUUUUAAAACCUUUUAAAAUAUCAAAAUAUGUUUUUGUAAACACAUCCAUAAUUUUGUGA